AUGUUGAAGCCUAUAGAUGUGGUAUUUUUUUUACAUUUAACUAUUGUAACAUGUAUGAGCAUUUACCCCUUUUUUGACAUACCAAAACCAUAUGCUUUAAAAACGUUCUCAGAGCGUCAAACAUUCCUCCAUGAAGUACUGUCAAAUUGUGAAGCUUACCAACAAAAUAGGGAAAACAUUUUGAAUUCGUUAAAAAAAGGAAAUAGAAAUAAAUACAUGAAUCGCCAGGAAUGGAGCGAUAUUUUAUUGUGUUUCGAUAAAAAAUUGGGAAUAAUCAAAGAAGAUGGCAAAUUGGACAUCAAGGGGGCCAGAAAUUAUUACAGCACAGAGUACAAUAAAAACACUGCCGAAAAAAUGGACGAAUGUUUAAUUGACAAGGAAUAUCCAGAACAAACAGCCGAAAGCUUAUAUAAAUGCCAAGUGAAAAAACUAAAGCGAAUAGGCGUAUUUUAA